AUGGCAACAAUUGAAAUGGAAAAUGUGGAAUGUGUUCCUUCAUCAGAAGGCAUUGAAGAUGAAGAGAUCCAAAAUGAUAAUAAUCGGCAUUCUUCAAAGCCUCAUAAUGUGGUGCUUUCUGGAAUUUGCAGUGGCAGAGUCCAUGAAUUGCUUGAAUGCCCUGUUUGCACCAAUUCUAUGUACCCACCAAUCCAUCAGGGAACUGGCAAUGGAGUUUUGGCGGUAUUACGAAUUUCAAGGGCGGAUUUUGAUGAAAGGAGAAGUUUCCACAUAUAUCCUUUUGUGUUAUGCUCUUUUGCUGUAAAGAAGGAAAAAUAUUGCCCCCUUCCAAAACCACUGCUGGUAUUCUCCUCCCAGAGAAGUCCUCCAAGGUAUCAUUUGUAUAGGGAUGAAGAUAUCUUGGGGAACUCUUCAUGA